GUUGUCGUUUGCGGGCUGCCUUGGGAACCAGCCGCUGCCCCCCCUUCUGGCUCCGCCUCCUCGCGGGUGGCGGGAAGUGGCGUCCUCGGAGACCGUUCGGUUCCUCGCUGGAAGGUCCUGCGCGCAGGUCUCCAGCAGGAGGAAACAUCAGGCGAGGGGAGUGAGUGGAGUAAAGCGGGAGCUGAAACUGGUUGGUGGAGGCUGCCUACCUUCCAAACAUUAAAAAGAAGUUAAGUCAGGUACACAGGCGGAUGACAUGAAAUCACAUGGUGUCACAAACAACUUCAGCAGAGUGGACUGAGGAAGCUCACCGAAGCCUGCUUUUCACCUGUGAAGAGGCAGGAACCAAGGAUCUACGACACCUAAGCGGCCAGGUCACAUUUCUCCCGUGGUUCUCAUCAAUGUGUGUAGGUAUCUCUUGAGGCAGUAGAGCAUAGCCGUGAAGACAGCAGACACGUUACCUGGCACACGUAACCAACUGCAGCUCAUGAUGUCUUCUGGCUUCGUGGUGUUUAGAGCUGGAGUUGCACUGGUUUUGAUGUGCAGUUUUUACAGGUCAACUGAAGACCCCCUCCCAGAACUGAGUCCUCAGCAGUAUUUUAGCACACUGCAGCCAGGAAAAGCCUCUUUAGCUUAUUUUUGUCAAGUUGGUUCUCUAAGUAACUCUGUGUUUCUUGAAGAACUAAAAGAAGCCAUUAGACCUCUCCAGGACUAUGGGAUUUCAGUCUCAAAGGUCAACUGUGUCGAAGAAGAAGCGUCAAGGUACUGCGGGAAAGAAGAGGGUGUGAUGAAAGCGUACUUAUUCAGAGGCCACAUCCUGCUCAGAGAAUUCCCCACUGACACCUUGUUUGACGUGAACGCCAUCGUAGCACACGUUCUCUUCACUUUGCUUUUUAAUGAAGUAAAAUAUGUUACCACCCUGGAAGACCUUCACAGCAUAGAAAAUUCUCUGAAAGGAAAAGCAAAUAUGAUAUUCUCAUAUGUGGAAGCCAUCGGAACACCAGAGCACAGAGCAGUCAUGGAAGCCGCUUUUGUGUAUGGGACCUCAUACCAGUUUGCCUUAACCACAGAAAUUGCCCUUUUAGAAAAUAUCGGCUCUGAGAAUACAGGCCGAGCACAUCUCUAUUUUCUUCAUUGUGAACUGGCCUCAGACUUGACUGAGAGUUGUAGAACAACACGAAUGGAACAGCCUCUGACUACACUAAACAUUCAUGUAUUUAUCAAGACAAUGAAAGCACCUCUGGUGAUGGAAGUAGCUGAAGAUCCUCAGCAAGUUUCAAUCAUUCAUCUACAACUAGGAUUACCGCUGGUUUUUAUUAUCAGCCAACAAGCUACAUAUGAAGCCGACAGAAGAACUGCAGAGUGGGUGGCGUGGCGUCUUCUGGGGAAAGCAGGCGUUCUGCUCUUGUCCAGGGACUCUGUGGACGUGGACAUUCCUCAGCAUGCUAAUGUGGCCUUCAGAAGAGCAGAGAAGGAAGCACCUGUGGAAUUUCUGGUGUUAAAUGAUGUUGAUUUAAUAGUUUCCCAUGUGAAAAGUAAUAUGUACAUUGAGGAGACACAGGAAGAUGAAGAUGGAGACGAGGAAGGUCCAGAUCUGGCUAUUCAAGAUGAUGAAGUGGCAGAGACUGUUUACAGAGAUAGGAAGAGGCCAUUACCUUUGGAGCUGACAGUGGAGUUAACACAGGAAACAUUUAACUCGACAGUCACGACUUCUGACAGCUUAGUGCUCUUCUACGCUACUUGGCAUGCAGUAUCCAUGGCAUUUCUGCAAUCCUAUAUUGAUGUGGCAAUUAAAUUGAAAGGCACAUCCACUAUCCUUCUUACUAGAAUAAAUUGUGCAGAUUGGUCUGAUGUAUGCGCGAAGCAAAACGUCACUGCAUUUCCUGCGGUAAAGUUGUAUAAGGAAGGCGAGAGCCCAGUGUCUUACGAGGGCAUGUUGGGAACCAAAGACCUCCUGAAGUUUGUCCAGCUAAACAGGAUCUCCUGUCCAGUGAACAUAGCAUCCAUCCAGGAAGCAGAAAAAUACUUACGUGGGGAGUUAUAUAAAGACCUGUUCAGUUUUCCUAGUGUGUCAGUACUGGGACUCUUUAGCCCAGCCAUGGCAUCAGCAGAAGAACAUUUCAGGGAAGCAGGGAAGCGCCUGAGAGGCUCCAUCAUCACGGGAGUUUAUUCUGAGGAUGACGUUUGGAUAUUGUCAAAUAAAUAUGCUGCACCUCUCCCGGCCAUGCUGCUGGCCAGGCCCAGAGAAGGUGGAAUAGAGAGUGUUCCACUAGCCACUGCCCCAGUGCAAGAAAUGGUUCGGAUACUAGCAAAUGCACCACUGGAAGCAUUUCCAGAAAUCACUGUGGAAACUCUUCCUGCAUACUUGAGACUUCAGAGACCAUUGCUCAUGUUGUUCAGUGAUGGCAGCAUCGACCCUCAGUAUAGGAAUGCAGCUCUAGCACUGGUGCGACAGAAGCAGCUGGAACCAUUUACCCCUUGUUGGUUAAAUUUAAAGAAUACUCCUGUGGGGAGGGGAAUUCUGAAGGUAUAUUUUGGCCACCUGCCCCCGCUCCCUCAGCUGCUUUUGGUGAAUUUGCAUUCAGGUGGCCAAGUGUAUGCAUUUCCUUCAGUCCAGUCUAUAACGGAACAAAGCCUGAUGCUGUGGCUUAAAAAGUUAGAAGCGGGACUAGAAAAUCCUAUCACAAUUAUAUCUGAUCAGGCAUGGAAACCUCCUCUCCCAGCUUUUGACUUCCUAAGUAUGAUGGAUGCCCCUGCAGCUCAGGCUUCUGCAAAGAAAGGGGCGGAGUGUAUGGAAGCAGCCGAGGUUCAGGCGAGCGCUGAGCAGCCGCGGGGAGGUGGACCGGCCCCCAGAAGAGAGCCCCCGGAAACGCUCAGAGUAAAGCACUGGAACAGGAGCAUCGCGCCCAGGGAGGCGGGGGAGCCUUCGCGGCCCCACAAGGAACUGUGAUGGGGCCUCGAGGGCUGCCUUUCUUUCUCGAGAAACUCCGGGCUGACUCUGUUAAGGAAUAAUACUGAAUCAUUGCAAGUCUAGACAAGCGCCACUCAACCGGAUUGUGAUACAAAUAACACAUGUAAAGUUUCUUAGUAGCUACCCUUCAGAGCCAUAAAUGACCAGGUAAAAUGGAGUUAAAAUGUAUUUCAUCCAGCAAGUAAACCCACAUAGAUUUAUUAAUAUUGAGAGAUUUGCUUUUUCCACAUGAAUUCUUCAAAGUAGAGUACUUACUUUGUACUUACUGCCAUUCCUCACCACAGAGAGCCUUGUUUCUAGUGCUUAGCUGUCCCCAUGGUACCUGGCUGUGGGAUUGGCAGCUCACUGUCAGACAAACACCAGUAUGAUUCACCUGAUGCUAACCAUGACAUGUGUUUGAAUCAAAGCUGGAAUGUGACUGCCGAGUCACCAUCAGCUACAGUGGAAUCGUAGCUGGCGGCUGUAUUUAUUUUCUUGUGGUCAUGUUAAAAUCAGCACCUUUCAGUUCUGACCAUAGGGAGUGUUUGUUAGUGGGAAGAGACAGCUUCAGUGUCAUGACUUAGAGGUGCUACUGGUAUCUACGGACAGAGCUUGGGGUGCUCCCAAGCUCCCUACAUUGGGUAGCUUUCCCCAUCAAAGAACUCUCUUUCCCAUAUGUCAGCAGUGCCAAGGCUUCUAAUCCAUGUCCAUUUAGCCUGUAGCACAGUGUAUCUCAGUGUCUUGUGAAUUUGCCCAGUUCCUAUGGUAUAUGAAAAAUGAGUGGCUGUCUUAUCCUGAUUAUAGUAAAUUAAUUUCUUAAA